CAAAAUGUUUGGUUCCAAAAAUUAUAUGAAAACAAUUCUUCUUCUCUUAUACUUCUUUCGGGAGAGUGUUGAUUGUUGUCUCGUGGUCAACUCAGUUCGGAAUCCGAACAUGCGUAAUUGCAAGUGCCCUGCAAUCAGCCUAUUAACUCAAGAGCAGAUCCGUAACAAUGUAGAAGGCAAAUAUUUGGGAGAUCAUCAAGUGUGGGAACCCAUAGUUGAAGCUCAAGAUGAUUGCUCAUUGCAAGUCACAUGUAAGCCGGUGCCCGGAGUUCGUUCCUUUUUCACUGUAAUGUUCAGAAGCAACGGACCUCCAAUCUACAUCAAUAGAGUGGUGGCAGAACAAUCAACGUAUCUUAAACAACCGAGAAGUUUUGAUGGCCUGUCAUGCGGUGCAUACAGUGGAAAAGAUCAAUGGCACUUUAUCCUUGACCCUAUUCGCGAUUUAUCCCUCGCGUGUGUUGCUGAUGUCUACAGCUGUGACUGCCUGCGAGUCUCAAUCGACACCAAAUCAGGAGCAUCUUCUGUGGAUCGAAUGCCAUCGGCCACUGACCAAUGUGGUUUCUUCAAUGCCACAUGCUCGGAAGAUGAUUAUACGCCGUUUUUGCAUUCUUCUACAAGUUCUUUCAUAUUUUCUCAAGGCACACGUCAUUUCAAAUCGGUUAGUUACGAAGAUCUGCUUUGCGUGAAGGAAAAAGAGACAUUCGAUUGGUACUUUGGAAACUUGAAGUUGGGCGAUGCAAGUAUAACGUGCAAACCACAUACGGAUAAUAAACUGUACUAUACUUGCGGGAUGUUUAAGUCCAUUCGAAGUUUGGAAGAUUUUGAAUGGUAUCACAAAAAAGGAGAUUUUGCAAAUGCAGAAUUAGGAUCAAUCACAUGGGAUCCAUCGUGGGAGUUCUUCAUGUUCUGUGAAGAUGGACAUAAACCAGUCGUCUUCAGCGAGAACAAUCCACCUAUAGAGGUUAACUACAUGGGACCGAUCAUUAGAUGCAUUAAUAAACCAUUGAAUCCAUAUAUAUAUUACUGGGUCGCAAACGGAAUCCAGUUAAUCAAUCCAGCAGGAGCGUGCGUAAAAUACUCCGAACCCGUUGAAAUGCAAAAGUGCAAAUGCAAUGUUAAACUAUUCAAUAAAAAAAACGUCCAGAACAAUGUAGGAGGCAACUAUUUCUACUAUAAUACCGUGUGGCAACCAAUCGUUAAAACUAAUGAUGAUUGCUUAUUAUCGAUCACGUGUAGGCCAAUGUCUGGAAUCAGCUCAUUCCUCACUGUGCUCUUUAGAAGUAAUGGGCCUCCAAUUUACAUCAAUCGAGUAGUGGCUAAUCAAUCGACUUUUGUCGAACAGCCGCGAGCCAUCGGUGACAUGGAAUGCAGGGAGCAUGGCGAAACAAAUGAAUGGUUCUUCCAUGGCGAACUUGUUAAAGACUUUGCCUUAGCUUGUAUCAGCGACGUGAAUAGCUGCAAUUGUCCGCAAAUCGAGAUUGACAAAGACUCGGGAGUGAUUGUCGAGGACCGAAUGCCAUCAGCCAUUGAUCAAUGUGGUUUCUUUAGAGCGUCAUGUUCGGCUAGUGGUCACGAGCCAUUCUUAUACUCUACUUCAACCAGUCCAAUAUUUAGUGGUCCUGGAACUGAUCAUUCUUCUAUAACAUACCGUCUAUACGAUGAUCUUAUUUGUUUGAGAGGGCCCAUUUCAUGGUAUUUUGGGUUUGGCAACAUGAGGCUUGAAAACGCCACCAUUAAAUGCAAUACCAACAGAGAUGUAUACAACGAGGACGCAUUGUCGGUCUGUGGAGUUUUCAAAGUUAUCAACAGUCUCGAUGAUUUUGGAAAGUAUCAUAAAAUUGGAGACUAUGCGCAAGCUCAGAUUGAGACCAGUUCAUGGACCCCGAGCGAUGAAUUUCAGAUGAACUGUGAAUUUGGUGAAAAAGCAGUGGUUUUCAGUGAGAAUAACCAACCUAUCGAGAUCUCCGACCCGGCACAGCUUGUCAAAUGCGCCUACAAUCCACUGUCCAACUUUGCUUCAAUGUGGGUGGUAAAAGGAGUCAGACUUAUCAAUCCAGCUGGAGCAUGCAUCCGACAAAAAGCAAACAUGACGGAUUGCAAAUGCCCAACAGUUAACUUCCUAACUCAAAAUAACAUCCAAAACAAUGAAGGCGGAAAAUAUUUGAAGGAUCAUCAAGUGUGGGAUCCAGUCAUUGAAGCCGUUGAUUGCUUUAUAAAGAUCAAGUGUAAUCCGAUUAAUGGCGUCAGCUCGUUCUUCACUAUGCUCUUCAGAAGCAAUGGGCCUCCGGUUUACAUCAACCGUGUGGUGGCCAAUCAAUCUACGUUUGUCGAACAACCACGAUCAAUUGGUGACUUCGGGUGUAAAGAACACAAUGGAGGACAUGCGUGGUUCUUCCAUGAAGCCGUUGUCAAAGAUCUUUCUUUUGCCUGCGUCGCUGACUCACACAGUUGUGACUGUCCACGAAUUGAGGUGGAUACGGACUCGGGAGUUAUUGUUGAAAACCGAAUGUCAUCGGCAACUGAUCAAUGUGAUUUUAUCGAUGCGACAUGCUCGGCCAGUGAUCGCAAACCAUUUUUAUAUUCUACUACAACUCAUCAGAUAUAUAGUGGAACUGGAAAAACAUAUUAUGAAUCAGAAACCGUACGAUAUGAAGAUCUUCUUUGUGUAAGAGGGGAACUCAAAUGGUACAUCGGGAACCUUAAGUUAGAAAACCUAGUCAUAAAAUGCAUUACCGACGUAGAAGUAUACAAUGAGGAGGCUUCCACGUCUUGUGGAGUUUUCAAAGUUGUCACAAGUUUGGAAGAUUAUCAUGUAAUUGGAGUCUAUUCACAAGUACAACUUGGAAUCAACUUGUGGACACCAGGCAACGAUUUCCAGAUCACCUGUGAGCCUGGUUUCAUACCAGUCGUAUACAGUGCAAACAAUCAACCAAUCGAGAUCUCCGACCCUGCACAUCGGAUUAAAUGUGCCUACAGCCCACUGUCCAACUACGCCUCCAUGUGGGUUGUAGACGGUAUCAGAGUCUUUGAUCCAGCUGGAGCAUGCAUAGAUGAAAGUCGGAUUCAGAAAACAAUUUCUUAAUUAUGAAUUUUCAUAGCAACUGAAUAGUUUAUAUGAAUUUUUCCUCAAUAAAUAUCAGUAAAUA